CUGCAUCGCGCAUACCAGUUUUGAAUUAAUUCUACUGCACUUGUUCUGCAACGCGAUCAAGCCAGCUUUUAGUUAGAAUUAAGCUUCAAUACACUUCAACAUGCUUAAAACGAUCUUUCUUGCCUACUCAAUCACCUUCCUUGUGCUGUUGCACACGAGUUACGUUGCCACGAUCAGCUGCGACGGCGAUCCUUCUUCGAUAGAGGGAAAACUGCUCAAGAAACUGUUAUGCUCCAAUUACGACAAAACAGAGCGUCCCGUUCGGAAUCACAACACUACAGUGAAUGUCACCACGCAGAUGUUUUUGAAAGAGUACUACGUGAGGCAAAGCGAGCCUUCCUUGUAUUUGUCCGUUUGGAUGUCGCUCAGCUGGAUGGACGAAUUUCUAACCUGGGACCGAGCGGACUAUGGAAUGGAGAUGCUAAACAUCGACUCGAGUGAACUGUGGCGACCAACGAUCGAGACCUUAGACAGCAAACCAGCAGGCACGCUUCAAAAAUCCUGCCGCGACCAUCAGUGCGAGUUGAAGCACAAUGGUAACGUUUCGUGCAUAUCACCCUGCAACUUCGAGCUACACUGUUACAGUACGAAUUCCGACUGGCCGUACGAUGUGAUGGACUGUUCGUUGUACCUAAGCACCUGGCUAGAGUAUGCAAACACGCUCAACAUCACGACGCAAUCCAACGUGUCACGGCAGUACUUAAAGGAGCAAUCCAGCUGGAAACUUGUCACGUCCCAAUGUGACAUCUCGAGUAGCAACGAGUUUUUGCUUUUCUUCCGCGACUCACUGCUCAUCAACGUGCUGAUGCUAAUUUUCACCAUCGUUCUGAGACAUACCGCUCCGAGGACGUGCAGCUCGGAACGAUUGAUCGAUCGGUUAGCGGUUAAGGUAGCUUCGACGAGCUUUGGGCGCGUGUGGCUCCACUCGGACCAUUCAAACAAUCCAAAACAAACACGUCCAAUUCGGGAGGAAGCUCAAACGGACCGGGAACAUUAUCGACCGAUGGAAAAUGGGAACGGUGAUACGGUCACGCUAGUUGUUAAUGGAGUCGAUAACGCUUCUACACCAGCCGCCGCGAGUGAUGGCGAGCAACAUCGAACCGAUUUAGUGAUCAUGUUUAUCGACCGGACGAUACUUCUGUGCUUGACUCUUGGCCGAAAAGGAAGCCUCAGUUGUACAUUUAGUGCAGUUCGAUACACAUUGCCAAGAUUGAACAUGUUCAAAUACUGUUCUGUUAUAUUCGUUGUGCUUCUAUGUCUAAGGCAUGGCGCCACAUUCAACUGUGACAGUACUGGCGAUGCUCCAAACAAGGAGGUGAAGCUUAAGAGGAAUCUGUUUUGCUUCAACUACGACAAAAGCGAACGACCAGUGAAGGACCAUAAUACGGCAAUUAACGUGACAGCGUCCAUGCAUGUCCAAAACUUCGAUGUGAGUGAGGAAAAAUCCACACUGUUCCUGUACGUGUGGAUGAGCCUCUCCUGGAAGGAUGUUCUGACCUGGGAUCGUGCUGAGUACGGAUUCGAUAAGCUAGUCGUCGAAUCGAGCGAGCUGUGGCGUCCCACGUUUGUUGCAUUUCACAACCUGAAGAGUGGCAAUGGUCAUAGCGCUUGUGCCAACCACCACUGUGAGGUGAAGCAGACCGGAAUGGUUAUAUGCGUUCCUCCGUGCCAGUAUGAAGCGCUCUGUGUCAGCAAUACCGCCAACUGGCCGUUUGACAGUCUCAAGUGUACAAUGUUCCUUGGUGCGUGGCUGGAAAAUGUGAACCAAAUCAACAUCAGCCGCAUGUCGAACGUAUCGACCAGCGGCAUCGAGGUGUCGCACGCCGAAUGGAAGAUCCAAUCUUCAAUCUUGCUGCACAUUUUCCUGCCUGACAAUACGAGCUACCCCUCGCUGGAGUAUGUGUUCACACUGGAACGACACAUUGCCAUCUAUGGGGCGAUUUUGACGCCAGGAUUCUUGAUGAUCAUAAUAGAUUUAGCUGUGCUAUGGAUGAACAGUGGCAGUACGGAGCGACUGUACAUACUGUGUGCCACCUGCGUGGGGCACUUUACCUACAUGGAGUACCUGUACUGGCGUGUACCGUACCACGGCGAAGCUGUCCCCAAAAUGCUGCUUUUCUUCCGCGAUUCACUUGUGAUCAACGUGCUAAUGUUGGCUUUUACCAUCAUUUUGAGACACUCUGCAUCGAAGGCUGACGGUACGGAGCGGUUGGUCGAUAAGCUUGCGUUCCGAGUAGCUUCUACGAGGUUUGGGAAAGCGUUUCUUCAAACGGAGGAACCGAUCGGUAGCAAAGCUGAGGAUACAACCGAAAAUGCAAAUGCGGACGGAGGCAAUUCGAAUAGAUCGCGCUCUGAUCACGUUGAUGGGGACAACGUCAAUCUAGUUUCGGAUGCCCCAGAUAGCGAUGCACCAACUAAGCGUGAAGGUUAUGCGGAACAGCAACAACCCAAUGUGGUUACCGUUUUUAUGGAUAGGAUUAUGUUUGUUUCAGCUGUGCUGUGCUAUGUGUUUAUGGUUUUUAGUUUACUCCCGAAAGAAAACAUGAUAUGAAUAUUGCACGGCACAAUCCUAAAUAAAGAAAUGCCUUUUUAUCCUGGAAGAACCUCA